AUGGAGAGCAGAGUCAUCAAGGGCUCUCAUGAUGAGUAUGCCGAAGAGACAGUGAGCGAUGAUACUGGAAAUCAACCAGUGGACAUUUCCCACGAGCAGCUUGACCCAUUAUUGUAUCAAAUAUCCGAAAUCUCGAAUCAACCAGCCAAUAAUCAAGAAAAAAAAAUCAACGCAGACAUGGACUCUGACGAUGAUCUGCUCUGGCACCUCAAGCUGGCAAAAUGGACCGAAAAAGAUAUCCACCAGCGCUUUAUAAGAGAGGGACGAACGGGCUAUCGUGAGAAAACGAUCGGUACGCGGUUCUGUCGGAUGAAGAAGAUAAUGAGAUUGCACACGGAUAAAGGGCUUGAGAGUGGGAUGGGCGGAUGGCAUGAGGGAGAUGACGAUAUCCUAAAUCAAGCCGUCAACAAAGCCCAAGGCGAAAUAGCCAAAAUGGUGGCUGAAAUUGAGCAGCAAAAGUGGAAGUUGGUGGCUGAGUAUAUGAAGGACACUAAACCGGCGGUCGAUUAUUCGGACAAGGCAUGUCGGGAUCGAUGGGAGGCACUGCAGAAUGGGACAGCUAGCCUUCCGUUGGAGAUGAGGUCGGAUCUGUUCCCUGAAAUGGUUGAGGUUAUUCGGAAACGCAGAGAGUCGGAGGAGAAGAUUCGUCGAAUGUGCUCUGACGGAAAUGGGUUUAUCUUCCAUCAUUUUCUUCCAGACCGACAGAUAAGGCAUACCGAAAUUGCAGGACGAUCUGACAACAUCCUAGGAUGCAUCUGCCAAAACCUCGGUAUAGCCUCAACUGCCGAAGCCAAUAUCGGCAUUUACAUUUUCAUGAAUAACGCCAAUUGGACAAUGGGUGGCAUCCUGAAACACCAUGGAUAUCCCCUGGUUGGUGGGUGUGUUCGUAUCUCGGGUCAACCUCGGUAGUCCAAAAAUUGAGGCUAUACAAGCACGCCAGCUUUUCUGGAAUCAUGUCAAGUUCAAACUCUAUGGAUUUGAGUCUUUUCUUUUUUGUUCUCUCGGUAUAUCCGAGAUUAUUAUUUUUUUCUGCACUUCUGGACGAUUCCUGCGCUGUGGAACUCGGGUUUAUUCGAAACAGCAGGGUUUGAUACAUCAUCGAACCCAUUUUUGAGUCAAGCACGAGAGACGAUUCCUUGCCCCACCAACUGCGCCAUUUGAUACCAUCCAAGUCUUCCAAGACCCAAGGAACCAGGUUCAUUUGGAAUAGAU